GAUGGGGAAUGGGAUGGGAUGGGGAUGGAGAGCGGGGACGAGGCCCUCGGGCAGCCCAGGGUGGAGUGGGAUGCGUGCGGGGGAAGCGCGCAGAGCGAGCGAGCGCCGAGCGGCGCGGCGCUGCCGGCCGGGAUGAAAAAACCCAGCAAAGGGCUGGAACGGGUGUCUGGGCUCGGCAGAGGGCGGCACAGCCCCGCUGCCAUCCCCUCUGCCCGGCACGCACCUCCCCGCGCUCCGCAAGGUGACUGGGACGCGGAGCAGCGCUGGACUGGGCAGCAACGAGCGACAGAGAGGCGCUGGUAAAGCUCUUUUAAAGGUUUUUUUAUCUUUAAAAAUAAAAAUCGUGAAGGUUUGGUACAUUAGAGCAUCGCAGCACGGGGUCUUGCGAAAUUGCUUCUAGUUUCGAUUGGUUUUAAGUUGAAGAACGUAGAAUCGGUGGCUGGUUUGGGCUGGAAGGACUUCAAUCAUUCUCUCGUUCACCUCCUGCCCUGUGCAGGGACACCUCCCAUUGUCCCGCCUGCGUCCAAGCCAGCCUUAAAGCCAGCUUUAAAUAAUAUAUUUUCCAAUUAUUUCUGCUGGUAGCUUUAAAAAGGAUUUAUUUUCCUAUAUACACCUAUUAUUAUGGUAUUUUAAAACCAUCCUAUUGGACUAUUGGUUAUUAUAAUUAGUAACCUUUAAUGAAUGUGAGAAUUGCCCACCUUUUUCCUGCCCAAGCACGUCCACAUUGCACAAUCCCCUACCUGGGUGGAGAUGGAGCUAAAUCCCCGUGGAGCGUUCUGAGCCUUGUGUUGCAUCACGUUUUUUUCAAAAGUCACCGGUUUUAUCUUUUGGCACAAUCUCAGCUUGGAAGAAAAUGAGAGUAAUGCCCUGGAAGGAGCUGUGGAGGGGAAAAAGUGCCAGCACAAAGUCUGGAAGUGGAGGAGGAGCUGGAAGGGCAGGACCUGCACCGUGACUGAGCAGAAGUGCUCAGACCUUGCUGACUCAACUCCCUCACUUUGCUACGAGCACUUGAAAUAGGAGAAGGUGGGGAUUUAUUUCCCUGUGUGGCUGAGGUUUCCUGAAGGACCUGAAUUGAUGUUUACUCUCCCAGAUUUUUCCUUAUGUAGCAGAUCAGGAUUUGCCUCCAAUUUUGUUGUUCAGAGUGUCACAAAACCAGGCUUUUCUUCCUAUAAAAAUCAAACUAUUUAUAAUAUUUUUUCUAUGAUGCAGCCAAGAACUGAUCAAACGGAUCAGUUUUCACUGAUAAGCUUUAAAGUUUAUCAUCAAAAUAAAUGUUACUGAUCUAAAAUCAAAUAAUAAGCACUGAUACAUAACCUAGGUUAUUUUCUUCCAGUAUGUAUUCUCCUACUGUCCACUGAAAGGUUGAUGCAUAAAAAAGAAGAUUCCUAUCAGUUAAUUACUGAUUUGGAGAGGAAUCAGUCUGAAGUUCUUCUAUUUAAAUGCUUUAUUUAAAAUUGCUUUAAUCCUUUUUAAGGCCGUUGUUAGUGGAAUGUUCUCCAAAUGCUUCCUUUAAAGGAUGAUUAGUUUAAAUCAGAUCCUACACAGAAACACGAGGCAGGUGGGCUCUGGAAAAUCAAAUUCCCCUGGACUCCACAGUGCUGUUCUGGGGGUUGGAUUUAUUUGUCAAAUCUAAAACAUUUAUGAGGCCUGCGGUGAUAUUUUUGAAGAUAAAGAGUAAUUAAUUGUGCUGUGAAAUCAAACCUUCCAUCAUCCUGACUGUGUCUUUGUGUGUGCUCGUGCAGGAUAAAUAUUAUCACUGCAAACAUCAGAAACCGUUUGGAAUUCCCACAGUUGGGCACUGGAGUUAUUUUGGCUUAAAGAUGUCUAAAAUAGAUGAUAGAGCACGUGUAGUUUUAAGGAAAUAAAACUACAUGAGGGUGCAGGCCUGGGGGUUUGGUUUUAAACUGAAUUUCGUGAAGAUUUAUCCAUUGGAAUCUCUAAUCCUGACAUUGGAGCAGCAGCUUCAGCACGGAUUCCACAGGGGUUUGGAAGGACCUGCUGUGGAUUUGCGUGCCUCAAAUCCAAAAAUUAUCUGGCUAAUGGUAAAAACAGUCAUGAUUUUGGUCAAAACCAGCUUUAGUACUUCUCUUGAUUUAAGGAAGUUGAAUUUUACCUUCCCCCUCCCCCUCAGAACCCGAAACUGCUCAGGCCUUGAAUGAAAGUGAAGCACUUGCUCAUAGUUCUGCUUUCUUGCCCACGUGCUGCAGAUCAGUCAGGUUUCCUGUCUCGAACAGAAAAACCAAAAUUCUGAGGCUCUGAGCAUCCAUUUCCUGAGUGUUUGUUGGGUUUUGCACACGGUGUUGUGUCCUUGAGCUGGAGUCGGGUCAGAGGCAGCGGUGGUGCUGAGAUCCCUGGAUCCUGGCUGGAGAUCAGCAAGGGAGAUGCUCCAGGGCUUACGGGACAGAUCUGAGUGGCACCAGCAGAUCCCGACCAUGAUCCCAGUCCCGAUCAGCACCUUGUGCAUGAGACCUUUGAAAUGGAUUUUCCUGUUGCUGCUGGUGUUUUCCCUGAUCACCAUGUGGUACAUAACCUUCUCCUCCAGGGCUGGCCUGGACACCAUGAACCCUCUGUACUUCUACGAGUACGAGCCCGUGUACCGGCAGCCGCGCCCGUUCACGCUGCGCGAGCGCCACACGUGCGCCGACCUCCGCCCCUUCCUGGUCAUCCUGGUGGCUUCCAGCCCCAGGGACGUGAAAGCCAGGCAAGCCAUCAGGAUCACGUGGGGCUCCCGGGACUCCUGGUGGGGCCAGCACAUCCUGACGCUGUUCCUGCUGGGGCAGGACACGCAGAGGGAGGACAGGGCGGCGGCGCUGGCGGUGGAGGACGAGAGCAUCCUCUACGGGGACAUCAUCCGCCAGGACUUUGUGGACACUUAUGACAACCUCACCCUGAAGACCAUCAUGGCCUUCCAGUGGUUCUCCGAGUUCUGUUCCAGCGCCAGGUUCCUCAUGAAGACCGACACCGAUGUCUUCAUCAACGUGCCCAACCUGGUGAGGCUCCUGCUGCAGCUGAACUCCUCGGAGAACGUUUUCACCGGGUACCCCCUCAUCGACAACUUCGCCUACAGAGGCUUCGACAGGAAAAGGUUCAUCUCCUACCAGGAAUAUCCCUUCAAGCUCUAUCCUCCCUACUGCAGCGGCCUGGGAUACAUCCUGGAUGGAAAACUGGCCCUGAGGACGUACGAGCUGAUGGGCCACGUCAAACCUCUGAAAUUUGAGGAUGUUUAUGUGGGAAUUUGCUUAAAUAUACUCAAAGUCAACAUCACUCUUCCACGAGAUGCAGAACAAUUCUUUCUCUAUAAAAUCAACUUUGAUAUCUGUAAGUACAGACGUUUGAUUGCAGUUCAUGGCCUUACAUCAAGUGAGCUGAUCCAGUUUUGGCAGGAUUUGUCAUCCAACACUUCAAAAACUUGCCUUUGAUUGUGGAUUUCUUUAGAAACUUCAGUUUGCUGUAAGAGUGACCACAGAGUGCUCCAGAGAUGACUCUGACUGCUGGGGCAGCGUUCCUCUAGGGCAUUCCAGUGCUUUUCAGCAAAACCAGGGAUUCACAAAGCCUUUUCCAGGUGUGUAUCCCACACCCAGAGGGUGCCUUGGAAUGCUCUGUCCCAUCUGCCUCUGCUGCCUUUCCAUGUGCUCUGAGCAGCCCUGGGAUUUCCCCCUGAAUCUUCUGGAAUUCCAUCAAGGAAAUGCCAUCAAGGGAAGUUGUUCCUGCCAAGAGAGCAGAUUGGAGGAUGCUUCCUGAAUUCCUGCCUGGAUUGGUUUUAUUGCUUUAUUGCCACUCUCCUUUAUUUGUUCUCUGCCCAGCACGGAAUUAAACCCAACCCACCCCAACCUGUUUUCUGUGUAAGCCUCCUGAGACUGUUACACCUUGUUAUUUAAAUGUGUCACCUCACAACACUCCCAGGAGCGUUCCCAGCCUGGGGAUCCCGAGGGAUCUGCAGGAGCUGGUGAGAAAUGCUGGAAAUGUGAUGCACUUUGUGUGUGCACAUGAAAUGGAAUGACUUGGGUGUCUCUGCUGGUGUCCCCAGACCAGGGAGAUGGAGUGGAGCUCACGAUCAAUUUGGACAUUCCAGAACCACCAGGAUCAUCAAUCCCCCCACCCCUCUGUGUGUGUGUGUGUGUGUGUGUGUGAAAUGCAACCCAGGAACCCUGUAGGGAAGAUGAAAAACCACUUUUGUUGUGAUUUAUGCCUAUUUCUAAAUGAGUUUUUUGGUUCCAGUUUGAAAAUGCAAAAAUGGAAGAAAUCCCCCCAUUGCUACUCUAAAGAAGACCUCCCUGUGUGUAAAGACCAUUUUUUAAUCACUUUAUUCAUAUCAGCAAGGCCCAGUUUUCAGUAGUUUACACUUCUAAUGGACAACGAUACAGAAUUUGCAAUUGCAUGAACAGAAUUAACCUGGACACAUCCACUACACGGGGGAGGGACUGCGGAGACGUCCUGGCCACGCUCCAGGGCCUCCCCUGGGGCUGGCACCACCCCACGGCCCUGGCAGAGCUCGGGGCUGUGCCCACAGCCCUGGCAGAGCUUGGAGCUGCAGGCUCAGGGGUCACCAGUGCCCCCAGCAGCCAGGGGACACUGCUGCCUUUGGCUCUGCUCCACAGCCUGGCGCUGGGCUGGGAUGGCAGGAUGGGCUUGUGGUUUUAUAGGGAUGAAAAAGUCUUGGGCACAACACUCUCCAGACAAGGAUUUCGGUGUUCUGAUGGAGAAAAGGUUAAAGCUUUUAAAAAAUAAAGGCUAUUUAAUUUUC